AAGUGUCGUGUGAAACGUGGCGUUAUAACCACUAGGUGGCCAUUCCGUGGAGAGUGAUAGCGUUUAAAGCUACGAGGGUUCAUACCUUUGUUUUUUAUGUACUAAAUUUUAACCAUGCCGCGAGUGUAUAUCGGCAGGCUAAGCUAUCAUGUGCGAGAAAAAGACAUACAGAGGUUUUUCAGCGGCUACGGGAAGCUUUUGGAGAUCGAUCUGAAGAACGGGUAUGGGUUCGUGGAGUUUGAGGACACCCGUGAUGCAGAUGAUGCCGUCUAUGAGCUGAACGGUAAAGAUCUGUGCGGGGAGCGUGUGAUCGUGGAGCAUGCGAGAGGACCGCGGCGGGACCGAGAUGGAUAUGGUGGGGGUUAUGGGGGCGGCGGGCGCAGCAGUAGUGGUUAUAGCAGCAGGAGCCGAAGUGGAAGAGACAAAUAUGGUCCUCCGGUUCGCACAGAGUACCGACUGAUAGUGGAGAACCUGUCCAGUCGCUGCAGCUGGCAGGAUCUCAAGGACUUCAUGCGUCAAGCUGGAGAGGUGACCUAUGCUGAUGCCCACAAAGAGCGGACCAAUGAGGGUGUCAUCGAGUUUCGCUCCUACUCGGAUAUGAAGAGAGCUUUGGACAAGUUGGAUGGCACUGAUAUCAACGGAAGGAAAAUACGUCUUGUAGAGGACAAGCCUAGACGACGUCGCUCAUACUCUGGGAGCAGGUCAAGGUCCCGCAGUAGACGCCGAUCUCGCAGCAGGAGCCGCAGGAGUUCACGAAGCCGCUCCAGGUCCAGAUCUCGGUCAAGGUCCCGUAGCAAGCACCGCUCUCGUUCCAGGUCUGGUCGCAAGUCCCGAUCCAGGUCUAGGAGAAAGUCUCACUCCAAGUCCCCAACAAAGUCCCGCUCCAGGAAGUCAAAGUCACGUUCCCGCUCACGUACACAGAAGUCACGCAGUCGCUCCACCAGCCACAAAUCUCGCUCUCGCUCCGAUGCCCGCAGAUCUCGCUCCAAGAGUCGUUCCAAAGCCAAGUCGGAGAGAGAUUCCAGAAGCCGCUCCAAGGAAAAGUCUGUCAGUAAGAAGUCCCGAAGUCGUUCUGCUUCUCCGAGGGAGAAUGGGAAUGGGGAACGGGCCAAGUCCGCUUCCCGUUCACCAUCCCCUAAAGAGAACCGCCGUCAGUCGGAGUCUCCCGGCAAGCGUUCUGCAUCUCGCUCUCCUUCACGUUCAAAGUCUCGUUCCCGUUCUAGGUCUGCCUCUCAAGACUAGUGUCUCACCGACUGGAUCUCACAACAGGAAUAUGUAAUGCACAGUUCAGUGUUAAAUUGAUCAUUCACAGCCUAUGAACAUUCAUCAGAUGCUAAAAGAGGCUGCAGCCCGGUGUAGUAUUGAUUACUGUGCUGUUUUCAACAUUGCAUGAAAAAAUUGCAUACGAGAAGUUUUUCACCUACAUGAGACUUGUUAAAUCAGAGUUUUCCUUUUUGUUAUUAGUUGUAACAUUUUGUGCUGUAAGCAUUGCUCAGGCCGUUGGUAUGUGUUUAACUCUCUUUGGUAAGGGGCAUCUUUAAAAGGCUCUUAGUGUUUUUGCUGUAGUGUGAGGUUCAAGGAGGCUGUAACAAUGUUAUAACCUUAAACCCAAUAGUAUGCAUACCUAUUUUGCAGCUGUCCAUUUGUGUAGUUAACAAAGAUGUGAUAGUUGAGUGGUUGGCUAUGAAAAUGCUUCCUCACUGUAUAGUCAUUCAUUCCUGUCUUUUGCUGAUAUUUUUUUCUGGGAAGCUUUUUGUUGGUGCUUUUGAUCAUCUUGAAUUGAAUUGAAUUUUUUUUUUUUCCCUGUGGUUGAUCUCAUUUUUAAAUGGCUUUAUGAAUAUUUUCCAGUGUUUUAGGUAAAUAAAGAUUUAAUUGGUUUCA